GGUUUUCUGUCAUACGGCCGGCCGUAGAGCAGUCAACGAUAGGGGGAUGAAGACAAUUCUUUCCUCCCAGACGAUGGACAUCCCUGAAGGGAUCACCGUGAAGGUUAACGCGAAGAUCGUUGAGGUCGAAGGUCCCCGCGGAAAGCUCACCCGCAACUUCAAACACCUCAACCUUGACUUUGCUCUCCUCGAGGGAGGGAAGAAGCUGAAGGUGGAAGCGUGGUUUGGAUCCCGCAAGACCAUGGCUGCCAUCCGCACCGCCAUCAGUCAUAUACAAAAUUUGAUCACCGGUGUUACCAAGGGUUAUAGGUACAAGAUGCGUCUUGUUUACGCCCAUUUCCCUAUCAAUGCAUCCAUCCCUAAUAAUAACGACUCCAUAGAGAUCAGGAACUUCCUUGGGGAGAAAAAGGUCAGAAAAGUUGAUAUGCUUGAAGGUGUGAAAAUUCUUCGGUCUGAGAAGGUGAAGGAUGAACUUAUCCUCGAUGGAAAUGAUGUUGAACUUGUUUCUCGCUCUGCUGCCUUGAUCAACCAGAAAUGCCAUGUAAAGAACAAGGAUAUCAGGAAGUUCUUGGAUGGUAUCUAUGUCAGCGAGAAGGGAACAAUUGUUGAAGAAGCAUAGUUGUCUUAGGUAGUGAGAAAACUAAACUAGUUGAGUUUGGAUUUGAGGCAUUGGGUAUUUUAAAGCUUAUGUUAUAAAGCUUGCUUGGAUUUGGUUCAAUCUGUUUUUUGUUUUUUUUUUCUUGUGAGAACCCUGUAUCUCUGUUGUUAUUUUCUAAUUUCAAUACAUUUAUCCAUCUUUUUGGCUUCCGUUUUAAUGAAUCAACAAUUUUGUGAUU